UGACGUCAUAAAGCUGCGCCGCGCUCCUGCAUCUGUUGUGAUUUGGCUGAAGAUUGACCAAACACACAGAAAAACUCCUGGUGAAGCAACUGAGAUCUACAUGACACACUAUUAUAAAGAUGGCGUUUAUUAAAGAGGAGAGUGAAGACAUGAAGAUUGAAGAAACAUUCAGUGUGAAACAAGAAGAUACUGAGGAACAAACAGACCUGAUGCCACUGAAAGAGGAGAGUGAAGUCCUGAAUGAUAUGGAAGAGAAAGACCAGUAUCAGAAACAUCAUGCUUUCAUAACUCAAGAAGAAUCAUUUAGUUGCUCACAGACUGACAAGACUUCAUCACGAAAAAUAGCUCUGAAGAGAAAAAAUAGAAGUAAUUUCACCUGCUUUCAGUGUGGAAAGAGUUUUGCUCAAAAAGGAAACCUUAAAAAACACAUGAGAAUUCACACUGGAGAGAAGCCUUAUUCCUGCAGACUAUGUGGAAAGAGUUUCACGGCAGCACUAAACCUUAAGUAUCACAUGAACCGUCACAAUGGAGAAAAGCCAUUCAGAUGUGAUCAGUGUGAAAAGAGAUUCACACGUAAAAUACAUUUUAAAAACCACAUGAAGAUUCACUCGAGAGAGAACUGUUUUGUAUGUCAUCAGUGUGGAAAGAGUUUCCCAGAAAAAGGAAACCUUAAAAUCCACAUGAGAAUUCACACUGGAGAGAAGCCUUACACAUGCCCUCAGUGUGGAAAGAGUUUCACAUAUAAAAAAUCCCUUGAUGCCCACAUGAGAAAUCACACUGGAGAGAAUCCUUUCACCUGCCAACUGUGUGGAAAGAGCUUCACUCAAAAAGGAAACCUUAAAAUCCACAUGGAAAAACACACUGGAGAGAGCUCUUACACCUGCAAAAAUUGUGGAAAUAGAUUCACUCAAAAAGGAACCCUUAACAGGCACAUGAGAAUUCACACUGGAGAGAACCCUUUCACCUGCCAACAGUGUGGAAAGAGCUUCACUCAAAAAGGAAACCUUAAAAUUCACAUGAAAAUUCACACUGGAGAGAGCUCUUACUCCUGCCAACAGUGUGGAAAGAGCUUCACUCAAAAAGGAAACCUUAAAAUUCACAUGAAAAUUCACACUGGAGAGAGCUCUUACUCCUGCCAACAGUGUGGAAAGAGCUUCACUCAAAAAGGAAACCUUAAAAUCCACAUGAGACUUCACACUGGAGAGAAGCUUUACACAUGCCCUCAGUGCGGAAAGAGUUUCACAUAUAAGAAAUCCCUUGACUCCCACAUGAGAAAUCAUACUGGAGAUAACCCUUUCACCUGCCAACUGUGUGGAAAGAGCUUCACUCAAAAAUGUAACCUUAAAAUCCACAUGGGAAUACACACUGGAGAGAAGCUUUACACAUGCCCUCAGUGUGGAAAGAGUUUCACUCAAAAAGGAACCCUUAACAGGCACAUGGAAAUUCACACUGGAGAGAGCUCUUUUACCUGCCAACAGUGUGGAAAGAGUUUCAAUCAAAAAGGAAACCUUAAAACACAUGAGAAUAUACACCAGAGGGAAGCCAUAUACAUGCAUAAUUUUCCUAUUAGCAAUGUAAAGCUUCUUUGAAACAAUCUGAUUUGUAUAAAGUGCUUAAUAUAGGGGACUUGACUCUGUGGAAAAAGUUUCAUGGCAGAACUAAACGCAUGGUAUCACAUGAACAGUCACUGAGAAAAGCUGUUCAGAUGAGAUAAUUGUGAAAAGAGAUUCACACUAAAGUAAACCUUAAAGGUCUGGUUUCACAGACAGGGCUUAAACUAAGCCAGGAUUGGGCCUUAGUUCAAUUAGGACAUUUAACCCUUUCACGCAUGAGUUUAAAAUAUUCUAGCUGACUCUAGGUUUUUUUUAAGGCGACCAUUAUUUUGGAACGUUUUCCCUCAUUUUUUCCAUGGCGACACAUCAUGCUUGUCUAGUAACACACCGCAGCGACAAUAACACUGUAUGACAGAUGGAUCGCUAUUAUUUUGUUUUUCAUUUUUUAUUUAAAAUAUUCACAAUCUUGCUUACCAUGUCAUCAACUAUCUGAUAUUCCGAUUCUCAAAUAUGUGUA